UUUCUCUCUGAUCCAUUAGCAGGAAGAACGAGACAACCAAGGCAGACAGAGAAGUAAAAGAAGAAGAAGAAGAAGAAGAAGAAGAAGUGAGAGGGACAGAGGAGCAAAGAGAAAACGACUAAAUAAGACGAGAGGAAGAUAAAAGGAGAGAGAAGAAGCAAAGCAUCAUGGACGUUCUGAAGAAGGGAUUCUCCAUGGCGAAGGAUGGAGUGGUGGCCGCUGCCGAGAAGACGAAGGCCGGAGUGGAGGAGGCUGCCGCCAAGACCAAGGAGGGGGUCAUCUAUGUCGGAAACAAGACGAUGGAGGGCGUGGUGACAGGUGUUAACACAGUCGCCCAGAAGACAAACGAACAAGCCAACAUCGUUGCCGACACUGCAGUUUCCGGGGCCAACGAGGUCGCCCAGGCCGCAGUGGAAGGCGUGGAGAAUGCAGCAGUGGCGAGCGGACUGGUCAACACGGAGGAGGCGGGACCAGUGGCUGAGGAGGCCGACCUCCCAAAAACAGAAGCAGGAGGAGAACAGACUGAGCAGGCUGCACAGUAGACUCUCAUCCUCGCUGACCUGCAAUCACUUCCUGUUUCUUCCUGUCCAAUGAGGAACGAAAGGAAAGGAACCGUUAUGUUUCAGCUGUCGCUCCACCCUUUGGUCUGCGAUCUCCUGCCCCUCAAAGAUUCUUCAUCCAGUGCGUGAAACUUAACCUCAUUAACCAAUAGAAUCCCUACUCCUUCCGUCCUGUUGCCACGGUUACACUGCCUCUGCGUCCGUACACACACUGAUGUCACUUUUUAACACUCAGAGAUAAAUGAAAUCAGGUGGUAUGCAUUCGUACUCUCAGCCGAUUGGUCGAUGUGGGGUGACAUCCCCCACGCCCCAAGUGUGUGAUGCCUCAAGUGUCCUACAAGCCACCCCACCCCCCUGUCAAUCACCAGGCUGUCCCCGCCCCCUGACUGACAGAAGCCUUUUAAAUGCAUGAUGCUUACUGACACACACACCAACUAAUCUUCAUGCUGUAACUCACACACACACUGCAGUCUGUGCUGCUGAUUUGCUCUUUUACAAAACAACAGAAGUUCAAUAAAAAUGCAUUUGAAAUCCACUUCCUUGUUGCUUCUUCACUGCUAAAUUUUAAAAGCUUCAGUCGGGUGUUUUGGCUGCACUGUUGGGGAGGAUUCUUGUCCUCCAUCUUCAGAUCCAGUCAGAAAACUGACUGCCACCACCUUUGAACCACCGGCUGGUGUCAGCCACAGCCACUCAGCAUGACUCAGCGCUGACAUCUGGAUGGCAUGUUUUUAUUAAUUAGUCUUUUCAGUCUGAGCUCAGUGUUUUAUGAUCACGUACGUGUCCUGGACUGCAGUAAAAAGACGAUGAACCGCCUGUCUUUAAUACUGACUGCAGACUCGUUCGGGUUGGAGGAUUUCUGUGAGGAGCAGAAAGUGGAUGUUUGACCGCCGCUCAGGUCUCAGCUGCUUAAGGCCAGUCUGAGGAUGUAACAGAAGUCAGUCGACUCUUCUUCUUUGUCCGCUCAUGAAGGUCGAUGAUUAACUCUGUGGUGCAUUAGCGCCACCUGCUGCACAGCAUGAAUCGGACAGCACGACUCCUGUAGAAGGAGACGAUGACAACAGGACGCUCUGUGAUUGGCUGCAGCUGUGUCUCAGCUCUCACAGGUCACCUGCAGGACGACUUGUUCAUGUUGACGAUGGUGUGUGUUUACACGUGAAACCCAAGUCUGCCACGCCCUCCCUUCGCCUGCAGCCUCAGACCUGUGUGAUGGGUCGGCCCCGCAGUCACACCUGAUU